UUCCUGCGUUUCAUGUUCCUGGAAAAUCACUUUUUCUUGUCAAAAUAAAGUUUCAGUUUGCUUUUGAGCUGUUAUAUAUCUUAUUCGUGAUUACAGAUUACGUUUCGGCUUAUUUUCUUGCGCUGUCAAUAACCAUUUGUAUAACAAUAAUAAAAAAGGUUUGGGGCAAUAAAAGUGGAAGAGCUUGUAAAUAUUCAUAAUUCUGGCUCGAGCAACCAGAAUAAAAAAUGGAUGAAGAGGAGGUUAAAAAGGUGAAGUCGAUGUUGCGCUCUGUGCUCAUCAGUUCCAAGGAGGGAAUCAGUGCAACAAGCGUAAAUCACGAUUACAAAGAUAUUGUUGGUGAAAAUAUACCAUACGUAAGGAUGGGGUACAAGUCAUUUGAGAGUUUCAUCCUAGAUAUUCCUGAUGUAGCUAGACUUGAAAGGAGAGGUGGUGAAAUUAUCAUCCAUGGUGUGGCUGAUCAAUCAACUUCACACAUAAAGGCACUAGUCAGUAAACAGAGGAGUAAAAAAGUCAAAAAACCAGUGCGGCGGCCGAGAGGUGGUGGAGCAGCAAGGUUCCUGGGACCAAGAGGGCCAGCCCCAUACAGACCACCCAGGACACCGGCACACUACAUGCCAAGGACUGUCUUGCCAAGCUUUAUUUCACCACCUAGCUUUAUUUCACCACCUUUUGCAAAGUCACUCACACCUGUUACUAUAUCAGUUGGCGGUGGAUCCAGAACAAUCCGAGUCGGCACCAACCCAAUGUUUAACAAGGCUAUAUCAGAGGCAAACAAGGACAGAAUUAUUAAUAGGCCUCCUCAACAGUCACCAAGGUUUGAGUUGCCACCAAGGUUCCGUAAGAAGAUGGGAGGAACAUCGCCACCUCAACAGCAACAACAACAACAGUCUACACCAUUGAGACGGCCUCCACAGUCUAAACCUCAGCCUGCCACAAUGUCAGAUGGAGAGAUAUAUGUAAAUAAAUUAGCUCAGCAUCUUCAAGAAAUGAACCAGUCAUUACAUUUUGAAACAACAGAAGCUGCUGGUGGAUAUGUUAGCAGUGUGAAAAUAAAUAAAGCCACUUAUGGAUCUGGUGACAUAUUUAGGACAGCGAGAGAGGCAGAAGCUGCGGCUGCUAAGAACGCUGUUACAGAAUUAAACAUGCAACAGAAACAACAAGAAAAUCGUCUACCGCUUAUAGACUGGAAUGAAACAGGCGAUUAUAAUCCAGUGUUAAACUGGGCGGAUGAAAUGUCCAGGGAAGAGACAGUUGGUUCUUCAUUACCACGGGAACAGCUUGCAAAAGUGAAAUCGAGAGUAAAGGAAAUUUUAGAGAACAAGAAGAAUGGGUUAUGGGGAACUAGGAUACCACAUGAAUAUAAAGAGCGGUUCAAGGAGGAGCCACCGGCCGAACUCAUGAAGCUUAUAAAAUCAUGGAGUGACAUCGCAAAAGUCGAACCUGUGCCAAGUACAGAUAGAGAGCUAGUUUAUCCAGUUACUGAAGAUCCAAAUAUGGCAAACGGAGAUAAAACUCCACAUAAACAGAACAGUCCUCAGAACUCAACUGUAACUGCUGUAAAACGGAACAGUAUAGAUAAAUCAGCUGUAGAAUCUCCAUGUAAACAAGAAGUAAAAGAUUUGUAUGGUCUCUAUGUUGAAACUAAAGAUAAACAGCUGUCAGUUUUAAAGACGUUAGAAAUUCCAAAAGAUCAGCAGAUCACAAGCAAUGAUCCAGUGACAGUUUACAUGGCGUAUAUUCAUACACCAGGCUAUUUCUGUGUACAAAGAGAAGACAGUGAUAUAGACAACAUUGCUGAAAGUUUACAGACUCAUUGUCAGUCUGCAAGUUGUCCUCCGCCAAGAGAACUAGAAAAAGGAAGAUUUUGUGCAGCAUUAUACAGUGGAGAUGGAUCUUGGACAAGAGCAGAAAUACUGCAGCAUAAAGAAAAUGGGACAGUGGAGCUACUGUUUGUAGAUUAUGGGAAUGUUGAAUGUGUGAAAGAAGACGACAUUCGCUGGUUGUCACCGGAUCUGGCUAGACAUCCCUGUCAGGCAAUCAACUGUAGUCUGUAUGGCAUACAACCAUUACAGGGUGAGACAGAUUGGGGUGACACCGCUUCUAAGCCGUUUGCAGAGCAAGUCCAGGAGCAAGCUUUACUAGCUGUCCCACAAAGUGUUUGUGAUAAUAAAGUAGAAGUAGUGUUAUACCUGAAGUCUGACACUAAUUUGAGCAUUAACGAGAAACUGAUACAGUCUGGUGCUGUCAUGGCAACAAGAACUGAUGAUGAUGAUGACACUCUACAUCCAGCUGACCUUGUAUUACCUGAAGAAAAAGAAUGGGACGUACAUGUCACUUACAUAAGUUCUUCAACAGAAUCUGUCAUGUUACGGCUGGUUGGUGAAGACUUUAGCGAUAAACUGGAUGGUUACCAGUCUAAAUUACAAGAAGCUUUUCGAAACAGUUCACCUGAAACCCCGAUUACAGAGGGCCACACAUAUAUUGCAUAUGAUGAUGGGUUGUACCAUAGGGUACGGGUGAUGUCACAGGAUGGAAAGAAGAUUCAGUGUUAUUUCUUGGACCAUGGUGAUACAGAUGAGUUAAUACCUGAACAAUUGCAUCCAAUAGAUCCACAGAUAAAUAAGAUGUUGCCCUUUCAGGCUGUUGAAGUGUGUUUAUAUGGCUUAGAUGAAGUGUGUACAAAUAUCACUGCUUUGGAGAAAAUAUGUGACCUUGCCCUUGGAAAACCCUGUGUGGCAGAGGUUGUUGACAGAGAAGGCCGACCAAGUGUAAUUUUGUACGACACUUCAGGAGAUAGCGACAUUAAUAUUAACGAGACAAUUCUACGCACAAUAGAGGCUGAAGGAGGCGGCAUUGGUUCACCAAGAACUGAAUCACCAAGUCCGGGAAAUUCUGCUUCGUCAACUCCCCAGCGAGUACUUUCACCUGUUCCGAGGUCGGGAAUUACCACAGAAGACUUAAACUCAGUGGAAAAACUCGACACUAAUUCCAAUCCUAUUACACAAACUGCUCAGCAAAUUGGCCUUUCCAAAGAGGCUUCUAGUUUGACUCCCGCAGUGAAUACUUAUAAUUCUGUGAAUGAAUCCACUCCUAGUCAACAACUUUCACCAAAUAUUUCACAAAAUUUGGAAUUAUCUGUGAGUUCAGACACUAGUGUAAACUCUGAUAUUUCUAUGAAAUCGAAAUCUGGUGAGUUACUAGAUAAUGCACAAAAUGUGAGUCGACCUAUUUUAGGUCGGAGUCCAAGUGGUAAAGACAAAGUGGAAACAAACGAUAAUGAAUAUAUACCAAAGCCAUUCCAGAUUCCUGAAGUUGGGGAAUAUCUUGAUGUUCAUAUUAACUUCGUGCAUGAUCCUUCCAAUUUUGUUUGCAUUCCGUAUGGUGAGAUGAACCGCUUGAACCAGUUACUGGUGGACAUGAUGGACUUUUACAGUGUGCCAUUACAAUCUAUGACGGAGUCUGAUAUAGAGCCAGGAAAACUGUACGCAGGACAUAAAGAUGAAGUUUGGUACAGAGUUAAAGCAGGCAGUAUCGUUGGAUCAGAUUUGGUGUCCGUAUAUUUGGUAGACAUAGGAGAGUACAGCGUUAUGAUGCUGUCAGAAAUUCAGCCGCUCGUUCAGCAGUUUCGUACACUCCCUCUAAUGGCCAUCAAUGCAACUCUAGGAAGUAUAUUGCCAGAGUCUGGUGACUGGUAUGAGGCAGCCAAGUAUAAAUUUAUAGAACUAGCUCGAGAGAAAGACUUGAUCGGUUUAGUUCAAGGAAAGGAUGAAACGUCCGGUUUUGUAAAUCUCAGACUUAUAGACACGUCAAACGAAUCCCAGGAUGUUUGUAUCGACGAAGUACUUGUCCAGUUGCAGUAUGCAAAACUGAAAUAAAUAUUGACUUUGGGUUCAAGAAUACAUAGUGCUGAGUGAAAAAUAACAAGCAAUUACUGUAACAGGGGACUGUUGUGUGUUUGAAUUUGUUGAAAAUUGGUUUCUUAAAGCUUCAGUGCCAUAACAGUCAGAUUGGAAUGGAUUUUAGUCAAUACCAUGAGAUUUAUAAGGAGAGCAAGAAGUUAAGGUCUGUCUGUAUAAUCUUAUCUGAAAGGAACUUAAGAAGUUUGAAAUUAAUUGUAAUGUGUGAUGUAUCUACUAGUACACUGUUUGCAGUUGAUACCAAAGAUAGAAAACUAAUUGAACAGUUUUAAAUGAAAUUCAAGACAAGUGUUGUUUCUUUUUUUCAAAGAUCAUUUCAGAAAGAAAUAUUGAUCGUGCUAAUAUUAUUUAACAAAGCAGUUAAGUGCUAUAUUAGUGCUGUUGUAAUAUGUCUAUCUGCUGUCAUGUUACUGACUACCAAAGUUUUUAAGUGAUGGAGUGGGAAGUUUCAUGAAUUCAUAUUUAAUGUAAGCGAUAGGAUAUUUUCAUUUAGAUAUGAUUACAGGAAUGAAUGCUUAACAUUAUUUAUUGAAAUAGUGCAUGGAGGGGCACCUGGGGUCUUCCUCCACCAUUAAAGCUGGAAAGUCGCCAUAUGACCUAUCAUGUGUCGGUGCAACGUUAAAUCAAAAAAAAAAAAAAUCAUUGUAGUUCUAGAUCUGUGAAGUCUGAAAAAUACUGUCAGUAAGUAAAAAUAAAGAAAUCAUCGUGGUGGAUGCACCUGUUUCGGUGACCUUACUAUCUUAUCUCUUUACACUGGUUAAAUAUCUUAAAAACAAACUUAUACAAAUUCCUUACCUUUAGUUCACUUCAUUAUGCUUUGAUCUACACCAAAUUCUUUCAACAUCUUUCAGAUAAACAGUGGAAGCUGCCAUUUUAAUGACUUCUAUGAGUUUGGUCACAGGAAAUUAAUGGGUGGUUUUCCGUGACCUUUGACAUUAUCCAUAAUACAGUGUGUGUGCAAAAGUUACAAAAUGUUAAGUAAACAAAAUUUAACACCCAAGUUAAGUUGAAACUAUGAACUGCCAAGUAACAUAUUUACUGUAUUUUCAAUGGAAUCAGAGACAGAUAAUUAAUUUGUCAUGCCUUCUAAUAUAAUCACUUUCUUUGCAGCAGUAAAUUAGAUGUGUCCAGUGUUUGCAUUUUGUAAUGGCUAGUAAAACACAGUGUUUGAGCUGCUCUGGUUAAAAUUGUGACAAACAACAUUUUUAUGCCCCCGAAGGGAGGCAUAUUAGUUUUCAACUGUCCGUCUGUUCGUUCAUCACAACGUUAACUUUUUGCAUGAAGGCCAACGUUAACUUCAGCAUGAAGGCAUUUUACUCGCGAACGACUGCACCCAGGACCUUCAAAUUUCACAUGCUGAUAGUACUUAUUGAGUACACGACCCCUACUGACUGGGGUCACCAGGUCAAGGUCACAGGGGCCAGUGUUACCUUUUUGCAUGAAGGCCCUUUACUCGUAAAACACUGCAUGCAGGACCUUUAAACUUCACAUGCUGAUAGUGCUUAUUGAGUACACAACCCCUAUUGACUUUUGGGUCACCAGGUCAAAGGUUAAGGCGCUGUGGGGACAUUUGUCAGCACUAGUGACAGCUCUUAUUCUUCCUCUGCAAUUUCACUUUAACAUGCUGAUUCACUAUGAGAUACAGAAACAACCUGCAAUCCAGAUGGGCCAGCUACCAGUUCAAUAGUGUAGCUUGAUCUUUUACUAGAGGCCAAUGGCUUUUUUUGACAUCUGCUUAUAACUUGAUCAUUUUAUUUCUUUUUGUUGAUUUUUUCUGAGUGAUUUGGUGAACUUUUAUUUUUUGUACAGCGUCUUCAUCUGUAAUACAGGUGCCACUUACAGCUUUACUUAAUGUGUUAUUUUCUUUCUUUCUUUUAUAAAAUUUGUUUCUUUAAAACUACCUCACCCUGCGCUGUAUGAAAACAUCUGAUGGAUCACAUGGGACUGACUGAACUGCACCUGACUGACAUGGUUUGGGUGGUUCAAAUGCUGUCGAAGGAGAUAGUUUUUCCUGUUCAUUGGCAGAUGGGUCAUAGGGGUAGAUUCCAGUAUGUUUAAAAGAGGACUGUAAAUUUGGAACAGAUAAAGCAUGUCCAUGUGCCUGUGAAGAUAAGUCUGAAAUAUUGCAUCUGGUGAUAUUAGUGUAUUCACAAAUGAAUUUAUGGCACUUGUUCUUGUAUAUUCUCUGCUAUAGCCCAAAACAGCUUUCAUCAAGGGGUUUGAGAAUGUGGCUCGUAUGUGCAGACAAACAGUUCAGUGUUGUGGUUUUAUGCCCAUUCUAUCACUGGUAUAGCAAUAUGUGUCUUAUAUCUAUCUAAUAUGAGAACCAUCUGGUCUUCACUGUCCCUUUUUGUAUACUAAAGAAAAAGCGUAUCAAGAAACUGCAGAAAGGACUGGGAAUUCAACCAACCACUAUCAGUUACUACACCCUGUGACCUGCAGAUAGCUCCUGUGAGUAGUUCUUCCCUGAAUCACAUGCCCUUGAAUAUAUAUAACAGUGGGAACAUGGUACCAAGAGCAUUUCCACAGCCAAGAAUGGUGGUGAUAGAUGAGCUUGAAGAAGUAACUGCAGGUUUCGACUUAUCACUGCUUACAAUGUAGGGUGGUGGAUGCUGGGUCUGUUUCUCUUUUUCAUCAUUAAAUAUAAAUACAGUGGGGUUUGCCUCUCAGACCAUACAUUAGUCAACACAUGUUCAAGUCUGGCAAAGUACCUACUGACUGUUUUCUGCAAUAUAGCUUUAGCUGUUUAACUAGCAAGAGCUAUAGGUUUAGUAAUGCUCGUUCAGAGCAGCACUUCAAGAAGCCUCUAAACCACUGUGUGAAAUGGUGUCCUUCCUCAAGUUUCCCCAAGUUGAUUAAAUAAUUUGAGGCCAUAUUAACAAUUUCACUGGCAGUGUUUCCAUAUCCUGUCUUGGCCAUUGACUUCAGGUGUUCCACUAAGACACUCUUCUUCCUGGUUCAACUCUGCUUGUUGAAGUUUGAUUAAUGUGAAUAAAUUUAUAAGUGCUUGUACUAUUAUUAUGUCUGUCAUAGAAAUAGAUGUUUAACAGAAUACACUAUUAAAGAUUCACAUUGCUUUCACAUACAUAUAUAUACAAAUCAGUUGUCUAAUGACUACUAGUACAUGUUACAACUAUGCAUUGAGAGGUCAUGAAUAAUAUACUACAUAUGGCUUGAAACAUGUCCACUGUAUAAAAUCAUAUGUUCACAUGGAGCUUGUGCAUAUUACAUCAUGCCUGAUGAGGUAGUUGCUGAGUUAACUCUGCCUAAAACACUCUGUAAUAAGGUAGUUUGAGGUACUCCACAUGUAAAUGCAGCUCUUUUGACUGAUACAUUGUCCUCUUAUUACAACACGGUAUGCUGUAAUUUUGUCAUUGAGGAAGAAUAACACCUCUAGGAAAUCUUUUCCAUACUAAUCUUCCUUGGUUGUGCCUGAAAAGAUGUCCAAAUUAUUGAUUAAAGUCCUCAGUGCUUUAUGAUGGCCGUAAAGAAUACCAAGCAAAAAUAUAAGAUUGGUACUUACUUUUGGGCACUCCCUUUAGAUGGAAAAAUAGGCGGUACUUGUUUAGGUCAUGUGACUUUGAUCAAGCUGAUGACAGAAAAUGGCUGUCACCGGUAAAAUGUAAAUACUUGCACUUUGGAUUCAUUUUAGGGCUUUUUAUGGGUAGGUAUAAAAAGUAAUGAGAAAAUGAAAAUGUGUAAAAAUACCAUAUUAAUAAGAUACAUGCAUCUUUGAAGCGCAUUUUUUCUUUCUGGCAUUGACUAUUUGUUUGCAUAAGAGAUUUGCAUUCACCUCCGAUGUCAUAUAGCUGUUGAAAAAAGAGAAGGGCGUGCAGAUAAUCAGGUCACUGAAAAAGGGCAGUCACUGAAACAUCUACUAUAAAUAUUUCUUCAUUUUUUUUUAUGAAAUUAAAAAUAAGAUGGUAUGUUUGCCUUGUUCAUCCUUUGUUAGUAGAGAAAUUGCUUUUUAUUAUAAAACUUAUAAGGUUUCAAAGUAAACAUAUUUAGUACCAAGAGUGUCUUUUGAGGCACCAUAUUGCCUGCAACAAUGUAUGAGCAAUCAUCUUCCUGUAUUUAGCACUGUCCCGACUUCUUGUGUUAUUUCUUUGUGUGAUCUGUGAAUUCUCUGUCAAACUGCGUACGGAGAAAGUAAAAUUACGUCUCCCACCACACAGUGUAGUGGGAGACAUACUGAUUUACUCCUAUCUGUGUGUGUCAGUUUGUCUGUCUGUCAAAAAUCUUGUCAAACAUUUCUCAUCCGAUCUUCACCAAACUUGAACUAAUUGUGUUUGCCAUUAAGUCCUCAGCCAAGUUCAAUAACUAUCCGAAUCAGUCCAGGCACUUCGUAAUUAUGGGCCUUGAUAAUCAAAGCACUCAAAGUCUGAUAAGGCAGUUGAGGUCUUGGUGCAUGGUUGACUUAUGUACUACUAUUCAAAUGAUUAGGCAGUUGUGGGAGACGUGCACUUUCCUUAAAAACAGCUCUAGUUUUUGUUAUAGUAUUUUGGGUCUGAAAGAGAUAAACAAACAACAGGAAAGAAAGUGACCAUCCCUAAAAGGGUUAAUACGAGAUCAUUAUUCUUGAUCAUGGCUUAGGAAGACAGUUUCCCUUUCUGUACAGACGUCGAAGAACAACUUGUUUAAUGCUUUUUUUUGUAUUUUUAUGACUGCCUUCAUUAUACGGCCAAAACAGUCUUCUUUAAACUUGCAGAAUUGAUUUCUCAAAAACUUCAAAAUCAUGAGAAGGAUAUACAUUGGAGAAAGUCCAUGAUCUUAAUGAUACACAGGGGAGCUUGCAGUCCUGAAAUACAGUGCUUCUCUGGCAGAUUAACAGAGAUGCAUUUGUUAUGUUUGAAAUAUAAAGGUAGUUAAGAAUUUCUGCAUUAAUUUCAAAACUUGGUACACAAGCACUUGCUUUUUGACAAUUACAAUGUUUUGUUACUUGUUUUAGACUUCCAAUGAUAUUAAAAGUGGAAAUAAACAUACUGAAAUGUUAA